AUGUACUCCUCACCAGGCGCGCGGAGGUCGGUAGACACGAUAUCGUCGCUAUCUCCUCCAUCAACGCGCACCGAGUUUCCUUUUCACAAACAAGGACAAGCUCACCCAAACCAUUCCGCGAGACGGGGCUCGAAUGCGAGCUCCAUACACUCAAUAGGAGGCUCGCUCGAUACCUCGUCCAGCACCUGGGCGAACUCGGUGCUGGAAUCUGGGCAAAACGCUAUCUCUACCUUACUGCAACCGCCCAUUGUGCGGACCGGCCUGCAGCCCCAUACCUCUGCCCCUGCUUUCAGCACACAUAAGCCGCCGACCGCACGCGAUAUCCCUCCCGUGACCCUGACGAACAUUCCUCACAUCGACCCGGUCGAGUUUAAACCGUACUUGUCGCAAGUGGGUGCCCUCUACGAGCAGCUUCGACGAGUCAAAGAACAAGAAGAUGAACGUCCCGGCUCCUCGGGCCGCCGGUCGAGCAGACACGACGAUUUCACGGAAUCCCUUGACGAGAGCCACCUGAAGCCCGCUGGUCGACUGCCUGCUAGGCGAAAAUCGUCGAUUGCGUCAAUAACAUCGAUCACUUCCAUUGAUAGCCCGGGGCCAUUGCGACGCUCUAGCUCCGGAUUCGGCCGAAAGGGCGGGCAAGGCCCACCCCCGUUGUCGACGAUACCCAACGUUUACUUCGACGAAGACUUUCAUCUAGAAAACCCAAGAACCUUUGACGUCGUCAGCGAGAGGUCGGAGGUCGUACCACCUGCACCAGGACGUGCAGACGACAAGGCCGGUAACAAUGGAGAUGUCGUGGCUCCCCGGAAGGCUCUGGCUACCAAUGCCAUACUUCAAGAGAAGCUCUCGUGGUACAUGGACACUAUUGAGGUUCACCUAAUCAACUCUAUAUCGACUGCGUCAACCACCUUCUUCAGUGCACUCGGCUCUCUACGAGAAUUACAUUCCGAGGCUGCAGAGUCCGUGGAUCGUAUUAGAGCACUCAGAAAGGAGCUCGAGGCCCUUGACGAAGAAAUCGCCACCCGGGGCCUGAACAUAGUGCAGAAGCGCCGACGAAGAGAGAAUGUGCAGGCCCUCAACGAUGCGGUCCUGCAACUUCGGCAUGUGGUCGAGGGUGUUGCAUCAUGCGAGUCGCUGGUGGAGGCUGGGGAAGUGGACGAGGCUUUAAGUCGCAUUGACAGCCUAGAGCAUCUCAUAGCCGGCGAGCAUGACGAGUCUCCCGAUGCGGAACCUCCUGUACUACCUCUGUCGCGGUUGAGGGACUUGAGGGGGGCAACAGCUCUUCGGAGCGUCAAUGACGACCUGCAGCAGUUGCGGUUCCGUAUCGGAAAAGCUUACGAGUCCAAAGUCCAGAGCCUGUUACUGGCUGAUCUGCGUAGACACGUAGAGACCGUACAAAGCCGCGAGGUUCUCCUCCGUUGGGGCAGCUCGUCAUUGCGGGCGAGGGGGGGCGGCACUGCAAGAGAGUCGGCUGGCCCGCCAGCCUACCUUACCUCUACACAAGAACUGCGUAAAGCCAUCAUGCCGAACCUGCUUGGCCUUCACCGGGCUCAGCACAUCUCGACUGCGAUUGCAGGCUACCGGGAGGCGGUGCUACGCGAGAUUCGCAAUAUAAUUCGCAAACCAUUGCCAAGCUCCAACGAUGACGACAACGAGUCCAUGAUGUCUGCUUCGACUAUGAGUGGCGGAAGAAACCUCUCCAACCAGGAGAAGUCGUCCAUUUUGGCGAGGAACCUUCGAGCACUCGACCCUAAGGAUGCUGAAGACCUGCUAAAGAUGGUAUACAUUGGCGUCACAGAGACCCUCCGACGGCUGACGACACAGGUCAAGGUGCUUCUCGACAUUGCAAGCUCUUUGACGGAAGAAGCCACCGCUGCCGGCCUCAAGUCCCCGCCAGCCCGUUCUCCUCUUGCUAGCCCGACACCUUUUGACCGAGAAUUCCCUAGAUUUGACGACUCUCCUAGCUUCGAGGUUCAAGAAGAGAUCCACAAGGCCAUGGAUAUCGCCAACUUGGUUGGGCAGGCUGUCGACGUCGCUCAGGAUAAGAUAGUAAAAGUGUUGAAGGUACGGUCAGAGCAAAGCACGCACUUGAGCCUGUCUUGGUUCCUUCGCUACUUCACUCUCAACCUCUUCUUUGCCAAUGAGUGUGAAGCGAUCUCCGGGCGCAGCGGCACGGCGUUGAAGACCCUGGUCAACGGCCACAUCAAGGAGUUCGUGCAGCAUCACGGCGAUGCGGAGAAACAAAAGCUGGCCCAAGGAAUGGAAUCCGACCAGUGGAGCGCGAAAGACUUCAACGAGAAAGAUAAGGCUCUCCUGGAUCAAGUGCUCGAGAGCAGUACUAAGGAUGCUGCAACGUGGUCAAGCGGAAGUAAGAUAUGGGAAGAAAACCAAGACGACGAGGUCUCGAACGGAACGACGACAACGCCGGCAGAGACCAACGGCACUGGCGGGAAAGAAAAGGCGCGGACGGCCGAGAUUGAGAGCGAAACGUUCCUACUGCCCAACUCAGCCAUACUGUGCCUGGAGGGCAUCUCGCAUUUCCUCCACCUCAUCGGCGGCAUCCCGUCCAUGGCCGCCGACGUCGCCACCUCUCUCAUCACAUACCUGCAGCUCUUCAACUCCCGCUGCACCCAGCUCAUCCUUGGCGCGGGUGCCACCCGGUCUGCUGGUCUCAAGAACAUCACGACGCGACACCUGGCUUUGGCAUCUCAAGCGCUGUCAUUCAUCGCAACAUUGAUCCCUCACAUCCGAGAGUUUGUUCGCAGACACGCCGGCUCAGGAGCCGGCGUGUCUAGCCUGAUGGGUGAGUUCGACAAGGUUAGGCGCCUGUUCCAGGAACACCAGAACAGCAUCUAUGACAAGCUGGUGGAUAUCAUGAGCGGACGCGCGUCACAGCACUCAAAAUCCAUGAAGACGAUCGACUGGGACCACGACAACAGCCAGUCGGCCCACGCAUACAUGGAGACGCUGGCCAAGGAAACGACCACUCUACACAGGGUACUGACCAAGCACCUGCCGGAAACCUCGGUGCAGUUGAUCAUGGGCCCCGUUUUCGCAAGCUACAAGGACCAGUUCGGCAAGGCCUUCCAGGCCGCAAACCCAAAGACGGGUACUGGUCGUGACAGCAUGCUUCGUGACGUGGAUUUCUUCUCAGCCAAGCUCGGCAAGCUUGAUGGGUUUCGGGACACGGGCGAUUACUUGAGGAGCAUCAUCAACUCGAAAGAGAUCAAGACUGCCGCAUCGCCGCCGCCGCCGUCUGAAAAACAGGUGGACGGUGGAUCGGAGACAACAGGCUCAGGCAGGAAUUCAACAACCGGGCCGGGAAGCAGACAGAGCGCGGAGGGGUCGGCACAGGCAGAGUCGCCGCCUGCCGUCGAGGAGCCCAAGCAGGCAUCAUGA